GUUGUAGUCGCUAAUCGACAGCAAGUUAUUUCGGCGCAUGGAUUGCAUUGAUAUUCGCGGAAAUUGUACAAGGAGGAAAUAACAUGAAACUGGUGUUUAAUCCAUAUGAGAGAUUUUAAUGUAUUUACUCAACAAGUGCUCCACUGAUCAUACGCUUGUCAGCUGUUGCAGUUCUCCGUAAUUUUCUGAAAAUAUAACGUCUUAAUAAUAUUUACAAAUAUAGUUUAGUAGUAACUAACGUAACUCAGUCAUUGAGUAAACGGAGCAAACAUAGCCAGAAACCUAACUAGAAGUAUGUUGUUGAUUGAUGCAUGUGAAUUAUACCACCGAACUCUGCGGUACAACUAAUGAAUGGAUACAGUUCAGUGGGUACAACGAAAUGUGUGUUAGGGUUACUUUAUUGUCAUCCAUCUGGGUUAACAGAAACUCCGUGAUAGCAUUCCCCUGACAAUUCAUCCGCGGGGUAGAAAAUCAUUUGGACAGGUUGCCUCUGUGUGCUGAUCUUGGAUCAGCAGUUAUUUUGUUCAUAUGAGUUUAGGAGAUUUUAUUAGGACUGGGUAAACCGAUUCUAGGUCAGCGUGCGAACCCGAAACUACUCUGCGUGCGCGGAUCCCAGAUGCGCACCAGUAAGAGCUAAUAAAAUAACGUAAAUUAACUAAAAUACGUCGUCCAGUUAACAAUCUAAUUUAGGUAGCCAUCUAUCUUUCAGCGAUACAACGAGGUUGGAUGAAAAACGACGUCUAUACUGUUUUGCAGUCGCAGAGCCUGAUUAUGUCUCAGCAUGCUGUGCUGUCUGUGGGAGCCAAGUUAUGGAGGUCCCUCCCCUGCUUGCGCACAGAGCUGCGGCUGGACUUGACCCUAAGCUGUGGCCAGUCUUUCCGAUGGCGUGAAACAGGUGAGGGCCACUGGACAGGAGUGAUCGGCGGGCGUGUGUGGACACUGACACAGACGGAAGACACACUGUGGUACUACACCUACAGCAUGCAGGACAGCGCAGGGGAGGUGAAUGGGAGGAAGAGGAGAGGGGAAGUAAGGCCACAUGGGCCUGUGAAGAGGACCAAAGGAAUGAUCACUGUGAAGGAAGAGGAACCCACUGAGGACCUAGAGCCAAAGGCCAUGACUACUGAAUAUGACCAUAAGGAGGAAGAGGUCCUUAAGGAUUACUUCCAGCUGAAUGUGAACAUGGCAGAGCUGUACAAGCAAUGGGGCACUGCAGACUCUCACUUCAAAUCCAUUGCCAAAGCGUUCACAGGUGUGAGAGUGCUGCGUCAGGAUCCUACUGAAUGCCUUUUCUCCUUUAUUUGCACCUCCAACAACCACAUCUCCCGCAUCCAGGGCAUGGUGGAGAGGCUGUGCAACACACUGGGAGCACCCUUGUGCCAGCUGGAUGGGACCCCUUACCACGACUUUCCCACCUUGCAAGCCUUAGCAGACAGCAGUGUGGAGUCCUGUCUUAGAAAUCUGGGCUUUGGGUACCGUGCUCGUUUCCUGCAGCAGAGUGCCAGACAGAUCAUGGACAACCAUGGUUUAGACUGGCUGAACAGCCUACGCUCCGUCCCCUAUUUGCAAGCUCGGGAUGCACUGCGCAGCCUGCCUGGAGUCGGACUUAAGGUACAUCACUGUCCAACUUGGAUGCCUGUGUGGAUAAUUCCUUGUUUUUCUGCAUACCCAAGCCAUGACUUGGUGGUCUGUGUCAGACUGAAGCAGAGCAGGAUAGCAUUCUCAAAGCCGGGCGACUUCCACAAAGAGGAGGGCGUGCAGCGGGGGGCCAGACCCCAGCUGUCCAUCAGCCCCCUGCCGGUCCCCCAGCUGUCUCUGCUCCCCGAAAGAGGAGCCCCUCAACAAUGCAGGUCAGAGGUCGAGAGAAAGAACAGGCUGCUCUUACAAUGGACCAGCGGCGCCCUCAAAAACAAAAACCAUCGCGCCCCGUUCACCCCCCCUCCUCACCACCCCGGACUGGAAAAGACAAACCUAAGGACGUGA